GAUUCCAUUUUUAUAGUGGUGGAGUCUGUUAUUCUUGGUUUAAAUGAACAUACAAUUUGUUUAAAGAAGUAUAGAUGUUCUAAAAUAAUCUUCCUAAAAUCCCCAUGUGUUUCUCCAGGUGCUGAUUUAUUAAAGCUGACAAGAGAAGAUCUGGUACAAAUCUGUGGUCCAGCCGAUGGAAUUCGGCUAUACAAUGCACUGAAAUCCAGGUCUGUUAGGCCCCGUUUAACAAUCUAUGUCUGUCAAGAGCCAUUAAGGAGCAUGCAACUGGAAAGACAAGACGCAGGCAAUGGUGACAGCAGCAAUGGUGCAAUAUACGUUUAUCAUGCAAUCUACUUGGAAGAAAUGGCAGCCUCAGAAGUCACACGCAAGCUCGCUUUGGCAUUUAAUAUUCCUUUGCAUCAGAUCAACCAGGUUUACAGACAGGGUCCCACAGGUAUCCACAUUCUUGUUAGUGAUCAGAUGGUUCAAAACUUUCAAGAUGAGAGUUGUUUCUUAUUCACCACAAUAAAAGCUGAAAAUGGUGAAGGCUUCCAUAUAAUUUUGAAGUGAUGUCACACACUUGCUAGACUGAUACUCCAACACAGAAUGAAGUCCUGCCUAAAGAUUACGAAGAUCAUCCAAAACCUUAGGAUCUAACUUCACCGUAUAAGAUGUUUCAUAUUGAAAACACAAAAUGACCUUUCUAAUGAGCUGUUUGAUAGGUGAACUUUCUUAUCACUGCCAUAGCCAAGUGUCCUCAUGAGAGGUCUAAUGCCAUGACAGCUUACGUACAGGCAUGGAAGACAAUGUAAGCAAAGGUGCUUGCCCUUUACUGAAUCAAGGCAAAUUAUGGCCAGUAGAUACAGUUUCUAGAAGCGAAGCGCUGUUGCUUUUCUGCGAUCUGUAUCCAGUUGGAGAUGAAUGUAAACUCACUUUGGGGCAUUUACCUUUCUGUGCCAGUUUGUCUAUUACUUGCUUGUACCUUACGCUGGUUUUAUUUUUUGAUGUUAGCACAGCACAUGCUGAUCUGUGUGGAGAUGAGUUGUUUUGCUGAUAGUGAUCAGGUCGUUGGGUCUUUGAGAGUAAAGCUGUCAAAACAGCUUCCCGUGUAAAUUGUGUAUAAGAGUGUAUGUAAGAAGUGUAAAUGCCAGAACAGGGCUUUGAAGAAGCCCUAGACAGAUGCAAUAUAUGCAUGCAGCAAACUGCAUUAUCAAUAGUACCUUAUUGGAGGGAUUAAUAUAAAUCCUAUGGGGUACCAAGUAAUUGUGUUUUGCUUUAACAAAUUUAAUGGAGAAGAAUUGCCUAUGCAUCCUUUAUGUUUAGUUUCCUAGGUUCUCUGCGGAGCACUGCUGCAGUUUAACUCUUCGCUUGUAAAAUUGUGGGUUUAAAAAUACUAGCAGUGAGAGGUGGAUUGUUAUGACCUAGAGGGAUUAUGCUGCUGAGGGAAGAUGACCUACAGGCACCACGGGGCUGCGACAGCUUUCAGCAACAUCAAAUAAAUGGCUUAAGAAACACUAAAUGUAAUACACCAUUGUAGUCUCUCCCCAGCAGGUAAAUGCCUUGCUGUAGUUGCUGUUAUGGACAAGUAUCUUACCUUUUCUGUUGACUUUUCUUUGCCCUCUGCUCCAUACUGUACAGCUGUUACAGUGCCUCUUCCACAUGACCAAAUACUGACUUUUCUUUGAAACUGGCAAUGUGCUCUUUCACUAUUUUGGGUAUUUCUUGUCAAGACACGGCACAGCAUUUCCUAUGUUAACAGUAAGUUUCAACUGGUUGGGUACUCGGAGGGGCUCUUUCAAAAGGCAUUAAAUGACAGCUUUUGCACAGCUGUGGUGUUGUGCCUUUGGGAAGUUUCAUCUCUGGCUUAACAGCUUGGGAAGUUGCUUUUUUUGCUGCAGUGUUGGAUGUAAGCAACUACUACAGCAGGUAAAAAAAGCAACUUAGACUUGUUUUCAUGCCCUCUUUCAUAACUGGCUCAAGUGUUUAGCAGAAAAGCUUCUUAAAGCUGUAGCAUUUUGAAAAUUUAAAUUCAUCAAAGCUAGAGUUUCUUUCCUGUUUUUACUUUUUCUGCACUGAAAGUGACAUUUUAAGUACUUUUAAGCAUUUCUGCCUAUAAGUUGUUCAUCUUUGGGUAUUGUUUGGUCCUAGUAUUUUCUUGAACUGACACUCGUGUCUUUUCAGCUCACACCAUAUUCAAAUCCAAAUGUUUUAUAAAAGUGGAAAAAUCCUUGAUUGGAAAGUAUCCAAAUAUCUAAUUUUAAAGAAUAUUGAAAGUUGUACAGUAGUUUGUCCAGCUCACUUGAAAUUGGAAUUAAAUUAUGGCACCAGCAAAUUGCUUUUGUUUUUUAAUAAGAUGUACACAUUUCAAUUUAAGUAUAAUAAAUGUUUUUCAAUAAUUUUGUAAA